AUGUUACUAAAUGGUAUAUAUUGUAGGUAUAACUGUAAGAAAGGCCCAUAUAAGGGUUCAGAUGCUAUCAAUACCCACAUUUACGAUGCAAUAUUACUUCAAAAGCUACAUAAGAAUAUGGCGAAUAAAACAUGUCAAAUCACAAAACAAUCUCUAAUACUGAAAGACAGUGCAUGGAAAAUUAUGAAGGCACGGGCAGAUCAUCAAUGUUGCCUUAUUGUUGAGAUUGUGCUUACUAUUACAUAUAAGUUCAUAAGAUAUUGGUUGAUUUCGACAUUUAUUGUGCAGCCAAUGACCCAGAUCCCCAGCUUGAAAAAUAACGGAUUCUACUCAUGUGAAUUUACACUUUUAAGUUCAUUUCAGUGGAGUACUUCUCAAUACUGCCGAGCCCAAUUGUUCAUGAUUAUUAGAGAAGUUUCUUCAACUCUGCAACUGAAACAUUCAGUUUCCAAUUUAGCAACAAACGAUCUUGUUAAAUAUUACCGUACUUUAGAUUAA